CCAAUGAGGAAACAGCAAACUCUAAAGCAGUGCAAUAGAAAAGUUUAGAAAGUUGGCUGGAGAGCCUGUUGGGAAAAUGUGACGUGUGGGUCCUAAUGGCCCCUGUCCCUGAUGAUUCAGUUAUUAUUUGAUUUAUGUGGUCUUGCAGCUGCCCUUGCUUUGACCCUCAGGACGGCUGUGUGGGAAGUUUGUGUCUCUCAGAUAUAGUGAAGCGCUCACUGCUCUGCAAAGUGUUUGGAGCCAAACUGAACGAAAUACACUGAUAAAUAAGGAAUAGGAUAUCUCGGCUCUAGAUGUACAGUAAAGAGAAAAUAUAAGACAGCUUUGUGAGACUAAUCUGAUACUGUGUAUUUCAGAGCCCUCGGUGGCGCAGUGGAUUAAAGCACUGAGCUGCUGAGCUUGUUGAUCAAAAGGUCGCAGGUUCGAUUCCGGGGAGCGGCAUGAGCUUCCGCUGUCAGCCCUAGCUUCUGCCAACCUAGCAGUUCGAAAACAUGCAAAUGUUUGCUCUUUGGAUGAACAGAGCACUUUAGCUGAAUGAAGCAGUGGGAACUGGAGCAGAACAUGGCAAACGGUUUUAUGACAGUACCUGAUGGGUACUGCCUUAGUGAACAAAUUCAGUAUUAUGAUGUUUUGCCAGAACACAUUGGAUAUCCUCUGCAAGACCUUGACUGCCAGCCUGCUUCUUAUUGUCAGUAUUCAUCGGUUCAGUUUCCUCCCAUGUUACAGGCACAAUCUCCUCAGACGCAUUACAGUGUACACAACUUGGACUCUCCGUAUAGUGAUGGGCAAUACAUCAUCAGCAAUUGUGAACUCAGUAAGCCUUCCUGCAUGGGUGCUCACGAUGGGGGAGGAUAUUCUGGACAAAAGCGACCUAGGCUUAGUCAUUCAGCCUUGCGAAUAAAGGGCCAGGAGGAACUCUGUGUGGUUUGUGGAGACAAAGCGUCUGGAUAUCAUUACAAUGCACUUACCUGUGAAGGCUGCAAAGGAUUUUUUCGACGCAGCAUUACGAAAAAUGCAAUCUACAGAUGCAAGAACGGUGGUCACUGUGAAAUGGACAUGUAUAUGAGAAGAAAAUGUCAGGAGUGCCGCCUAAAGAAAUGUAAAGCUGUAGGCAUGCUAGCUGAAUGUCUGUUAACAGAAGUGCAAUGUAAAUCAAAGCGUCUCAGAAAAAAGACUACCUUGCUUUGUAACAUAAAACUGGAAGAUGAAGGAAUGGACAGCAAACAUGUAUCCUCUACAACCAAACCAUUAAAACCACAGGAGAGAAUGGAAUUUACUCCUGGGGAGUAUGAGCUCAUUGAACAUAUUUUGGCUGCCCAUCAAAAAUGCACAAUUCCAUUGGAGGAAGCAAGGAAGUUUCUACAGGAAACUUCUAGUCCGGAACAGAAUUUUCUACAUCUUUCAGAAAGGGCUAUGGUUCAUGUCCAGGUACUUGUAGAUUUUACAAAAAGACUCCCAGGGUUUGAAAGCUUAGCUAAUGAUGAUCAGAUAGCCUUGUUGAAAGGCUCAACAAUUGAAGCAAUGUUUUUACGCUCUGCCCAGAUCUAUAAUGAACAAGGAAUUGAAUGUCAGCCAUCAUUCAUGCAAAGUCAUGUAAAAUUUUCUGACCAUGCUAUAUGCGGUCAAGAUAAAAGUACUUACUCCAUAGAAAUGUCUUGUACUGAAGAAAGUCCAACAUCUACCAGUACAACAGGUAUUACUGAGGAGUUUAUCACUGCACUCUUUUACUUCUACAGAAGCAUGGGAGAACUAAACGUUACUGAGACAGAAUAUGCGUUGCUUGUGGCAACUACUGUGUUUUUUUCAGAUCGUCCACUCCUAAAAAACAAGGACCAUGUGGAUAAACUCCAGGAACCCUUCUUAGGAAUUUUGUACAAGUAUUCAAAAAUCUUUCACCCUGAUGAGCCACAACACUUUGCCCGUCUCAUAGGGCGUCUCACUGAACUCAGGACCCUCAAUCAUAACCACUCAGAAGUACUAGUAACUUGGAGAACAAGGGAUCCUAAGCCAACCUCUUUACUUUGUGAAAUCUGGGACUUACACUAAAUAGUUUACUAAUUACCUAAAAUGUUCUAAUACUAUGUUUUUCUAAAACAUGCUAUUAUUUAGUUCUUGUAUUUUUAAAAAUCUCAUUUAUGUUAAAUGGCUACAGACUCUUUUAAGUAUGCUGUGUUGUGAUCAAUACAAAUAUUGUUAUAUUCCAAAAACAUACAGUUCUGUUUUUAUGCUGUUGAAAAGGUAAAAAUGGGCACAAUUUAUCUUUACCACAUUAUCGCCAUAACUGAGAAGGUAACUGGAAGAUGUUUAAGAUGUUAUGGUUCUGGAAGCAUUGAAUUCUUUACACAUACUUUCUGAUAUUUUCAAAGUUCUGAAAAGUAGUUUUAUUUCACUAAGACCAACGAAUAGAAAAAGGUUAGCAGCUGAAAACGCAUAUAUAAACAGCAGUACAUCAGAAAAGCAAGGGACUCGGUUGGCCACUAAUAUGUUUAAUUUUUUUUACAGUUUUUUACAGUUACAAGCUUAGAGUGAAACUGGAAACAUUGAAUCCAUAGCAGAAGUUGAUAGUGCUGAUCACAUGCAUAUAUAAUCUCUAAACCUGUCAUUACAUGACAAACAUCCUGCCUUUUUUUUUUGCCAAAGUUGUGUAUUCCAAAGCAAUUACAUACUAGAAAUUAUACUAGACAUUAUUAGCAGUACUUCAUUUCCAGAUAACUCUAAUUAAGGAACAAAUGUGUGAAAUUAUGGAUUAGAUAAUUGAAACUCUAUAUUACAAAAGAAAUAAAAUAUAUAGCCAACAAUAUUGUAACAAUUACUUAGUUUCUGGUGAACUAACACAUGGUCUUAAUAGUCAAUGACUAUGGUUUUCUUAGAAGAUAUGCCCAAUAUAGACAAAUAUUUUCAUUUCAGCAACAAAUCAAAUUCUAAUAACUAGCAGUGCAUGGUAUUACCCUUUCCAUUUAUUUAUCAGUUCACUUGAAUGAACAAGACUAAAACUUUUAAUGCAGUUUCUGUAUUUCUUGAAUUAAAUCUUCCCAUUAAGACUCAAGAUUCACUGGAGAUGCAUAACACAUUGAACUUUACUGCAUGCUCUCUCCACACCCUGCAAGCCACUAAACUAGAUAUCCAAUAAAUACCUAAACAAAUAUUCAAGGAAAGGAUGCACAAUAUAUGUUAUUUAUAAUUUGCCAUUUCAAGAUUACCAUGUUUCCGUGGCUAUCUUUACACAGCUACAGUGUGUAUUGGACUCAAAUAAUGACUAUGUUUAUUCAUGACUCAACUUUUCUAUAGUUCUGUUAAAAUUUAAAUGAUCUGGUCUUCAGUUGCAAUUGCAACCAAAAUUUCCAAUGGAUUUCAAAAGAAUAUGUGAUAAAUAAGCUUCAAAAUUUUAGUUGCAGUUGCUCAUUCAGUUUUGUAUGAAUGAGUCAUGAUAACAUUUUGUGAUAAAUUAACAGCCAGUUUAUAUCUUACUAUUAUUUUCUGGGUGAAACAAAACCCCAGAAAUUACUAUACUGUCUUUAGUUCAAGCGCGUUUGUAAAAAAAUGUGCCUUAAAAUGUGUUGAAGUUUUUAUAUCUGUUAUCUUCGUAUUUAAUGAUUUUCCCCUUCUACAUCUGAACUUUAUUGUAGUGCAAAUGGCAUAUAUGAACAUAUAGCUAUUAUUUUAAUACAUAAAACAUAUUGUGUCUAGGGCUGCAUUUCCAAAUGGUGUAUAUUUAAUAAAUGCACUCUCAAUUUUGUCCUUUGUGGCAAAGAA